CCACGAGCUGUAGUCCCGCGCUCUGCUCGCCGGUUUGGUUCAGUGCAUGCACGCACGCCUGGCUACUGUGUCCGCGGCAGUGACGGUGGGCAUCGGCACCCUGCUGCAGAGUCGACAGGCGCACGGAGACUCCACUUCGGACGCCAUGCUCGACCGCGAGAACGCGAGCACGAACGGGCACACUCCCGGCCGCGACUCUUUCGGCCUGCCCAAGAGUGGGGCUCCGAUCCGCGAGGCCAAGUCCGUGGCGCCCUCCGACGUUCCGCGGCGGCCCUCCGAGGCGGAGCGGCCCAUCGUCGUCGGCAUCGCGGGCGGCACUGGCUCCGGCAAGACGACCGUCUCGCGGGCGAUUGCUUCGCGGCUCGGCCGGGACAACCUGAUACACAUCGCGCACGACUCGUACUACAAGGACCUGUCGCACCUGGCGAUCGAGGAGCGCGCCCAGGUCAACUUUGACCACCCCGACUCCCUCGACUCGCCGCUGCUGCUGCAGCAUCUCGCCGCCCUCAAGGAGGGGCAUCCGGUGCAGGUGCCGAUCUACAACUACUCGACGCACAGCCGCGAGGCCGACAUGCAGUCUGUCUCGCCGGCGCGCAUCAUCCUCGUCGAGGGGAUCCUGCUCUUCGCGGAGCCGGAGCUGGCCAAGGCGUGCGACAUCAAGAUCUUCGUCGACACUGAGGCGGACUUGCGCUUUAUCCGCCGACUCCGCCGCGACAUCACCGAGCGAGGCCGCACCGCCGAGACGGUUAUCGCGCAGUACACGGAGACCGUGCGGCCGAUGCACAACGAGUUUGUCGAGCCGUCCAAGCGGUUCGCCGACAUCAUCAUCCCGACCGGCCUCAACUCUGUCGCCCUCGAGAUGGUCAUCGCGCGGCUCGAGUCCUUCCUCCCUCCCGCCGCCGCCGCCUCCGCCGCCGCAGCGCCGCCGCCGACGACGCCGACGCCGACGACGCCUUGCGCCGUCUCGUCAUAG